AUGGCAACUCUUUCUCCAUCACUGGCAAUAUCGAUCUGCGGCUGCCGCAAUUGUGGAGCUCUCAAGCCUUCUAAGCUCACACUCGCCACACAGUCUAAAAAGGGUUCACUGGGAUUCCCAAAAACCAAUGAUCCCGGGAGGAGUUUGUUGCGGAGUCAAGUUGCAUCAAAUGGUGCACAUAGAAGAAAACCCAUCUUGGCAGUGGAAGCCAAAUCGCGACCUUCUUCUCAGGAGGUAGUUGCUCCGGGCAUUGAAGUCGAGGAUCCCUCGACAGUGUCAACUUACCACUUCAGAACCCAAUUUGGCGGGUCUGUGAAGGUUUCUGUCGGGAAGAAGAAGAACUCCAACUAUGUGGUGUACAUUGAAGUUUCGUCCUUGGAAUUGGAAAUCAGAGACUGUCGGCUGGUUAUGGUUUGGGGUAUCUACAGAUCCAAUUCCUCAUCGUUCCUCCCUGUGAAUAGUCUGGAUCCGGAUUCGCCAUCACGAGAUGAUGGAACCAUGGAUAACUCGUUCCUGCAAAUUUCUCCUGGUAAGUUCAUUGUUCAGUUGGCAUUCGAAGCAAGACAACCCCCAUUUUACCUCUCGUUCCUCCUGAAGCCUAUGAGGUCAGGGGUUGAUGUCAGUGGUGGCUUGGAAAUCAGGAGCCACAGGAAGACUAAUUUCUGUGUGCCAGUUGGGUUUCAUCCUGGUUCUCCGACCACAUUGGGUCUUUCCUACUCAGCAGACGGCUCAAUGAAUUUUGCAUUGGUUUCAAGAACUGCACAGAGUGUAGUUUUAUGCUUGUAUGAUGAUGACUCUAAGGUUGACAAACCUGCUUUGGAGAUUGAUCUGGAUUCGUAUGUGAAUCGAACUGGUGAUGUUUGGCAUGCAUCAAUAGAAGGUGGUCGGACAUUUCAGAUUUAUGGGUUUAGAUGCAUUCCAAAAGGGAUUGAUCGAUCGAAGGUAGACCGUGUUCUUUUGGAUCCAUAUGCCAAAGUCAUUGUUAAUCCAUUGAUGAAGGGUAAAACUAGUUUGCUGCAAAACAAGUAUCUCGGGCGAUUGUGCAAGGAGCCUGAUUUUGAUUGGACUGGUGAUGUUCAUCCUAACUUGCCAAUGGAGAAACUAGUGGUAUAUCGGUUGAAUGUUGCUCGGUUUACACAAAACCAGUCUAGUCAGCUCUAUAGCGAUGUCUUGGGAACUUUUGCUGGUGUGAUUGAGAAGGUGAAGCAUCUUAAAGAUCUCGGUGUAACUGCAGUUCUGAUGGAGCCAAUAUUUCCAUAUGAUAAGCAACAAGGGUCAUAUUCUCCUCUGCAUUUCUUUUCACCAUCAAACCUGUAUGGCCAUUCUGGUGGUUCAACAUUUGCCAUUAAUUCAAUGAAAGAGAUGGUGAAGACAUUACAUGCCAAUGGCAUAGAGGUUUUCAUGGAGGUUAAUUUCACUCAUACCGCAGAAUAUGGGGCAAUACAAGGUAUCGACGACUCAUCCUAUUAUCAUCAUGGGAAGAAAGUAAAUGGCUCAGGAUCAAACAGUGCAUUGAAUUGUAAUUAUCCUGUUGUUACAAGCCUGAUUCUGGAUUGUCUUAGGUACUGGGUAUCUCAAUUUCAUGUUGAUGGUUUUUGCUUCCUAAAUGCUUCCUCUCUUCUUAGAGGGUUUCAUGGGGAAUCAUUAUCUCGACCCCCUUUGAUCGAAGCAAUUGCCUUCGACCCUCUACUGUCAAAGACCAAGAUAGUUGCAGAUUUUUGGGAUCCUCGAGAAAUGUUGUCAAAAGAAACGUUGUGCUUUCCGCACUGGAAGAGAUGGGCUGAAAUAAACACAAAAUUCUGCCAUGAUGUUAGAAGCUUUUUGAAGGGCGAAGGUCCUCUCAGUAGUCUUGCAACUCGCCUUUGUGGGAGCGGAGAUAUUUUCUCCAAUGGGCGAGGACCUGCUUUUUCAUUUAAUUAUGUCGCCCGAAAUUCUGGACUCUCACUUGUGGACUUGGUCAGUUAUAGCAGUGAUGAGCUGCUAGCUGCUGAAGUGAGCUGGAAUUGUGGGGAAGAAGGUCCUACAAGCAAAACCAUGAUCCUCGAAAGGCGGCUUAAACAGAUUAAGAACUAUCUCUUCAUUCUCUUUGUUUCAUUAGGUGUACCUGUUCUGAACAUGGGUGAUGAGUGUGGCCAAUCUUCUGGAGGUUCCACUUCAUACUUACAUCGGAAACCACUCGACUGGAGUUUACUCUCAACAGGGUUUGGCAUCCAAACCACACAGUUCAUCUCAUUCUUGAGUGCAUUAAGAGGAAGAAGAAGUGACAUUUUUCAAAAGUGGAACUUUUUGGAUGUAGAAAACAUUGAAUGGUAUGGAAAUGAUCAAUCUCCUCCAAAGUGGGAUGAUCCAUCUAGCAAAUUCUUGGCUAUGGCAUUGAAGGCAGAUCGGUCUAAGAGCAUGAUUGAUCCGGAAUCUGGCUACUUGAAGAAGGGUGAUAUAUUUAUGGCAUUUAAUGCGGGGCGCAAAAUGGUCAGUGUUCUUUUACCUAGUGCUCCUGAAGGGAUGGAAUGGCGUCGGCUGGUUGAUACAGGUCUCCCUUAUCCAGUGUUUUUCUCGGGUAAUGGUGAGCCUGUUGAUGAGCAGAUGCAAGGAUUAGUUGUUUAUGAAAUGAAAUCUCACAGCUGUGUUUUAUUUGAAGCUAGCAGUUGUGAUGAUUAA